AUGUUCUUCCUUCACCCCCCCUCCAUCUCUGGCCUGAAGGCUGGAUUCAAAUCCGCGAUGAGGUUCCUUCACCUCGACGGCGAGAGCAGGAAUCCCCGUGAUGCUCCCGCCGAAUAUCAGAGCCCUAAGGAGUUGCUCAUCUGGACGACGGUCACCACCCCAAACCUCAUGGAGAAGGCUACAGCUAGCGGGCUGUUCUUCCUCAUCCGGCAGGAGGGCUUCCCAACCGGGAAGAUUGUAACGGAAGGGGUUGAGGCGGAUUUUCGCACGGAGAACGUGCAGCUUCGUGGGGGGCAGGUUGUGCACGUGGAGGUCAAGAUUUUGGGAGGUAGCUGGGACUGGAGACAUGUAGGAAAAGAACCUAUGUAA